CAGUACUGUUGCAUGCACUUGGGCAUCACUACCAACGCAAGAAAAGGCUGCUGCGACCAAACUAGUCCUGAAACCGCCACAGUCACAACCUUGUAAAGCCAGUCAGUUAUUUAUAGCUUACCGCUGUCAAUCUUACGAAAAUUCGUAUAGGAGCCAUAAAUUGAGCCAUAUAUACAAACUCAUGCCUCAGAAAGCAAGUCGAUUCCUUUCUGAACUGGCAUAGCUCGCUUCGGCGCCUCUAGAUAAUACUACUGCUUGCCUAUCAUUACAAAAGGCGUCAAUUAUCAAUUGGGUUGACUUGUCAAUGCACUGCACGUCGGCGCCGUGCCCGUUUUGAGGGCGAGUCCAUAAAUCCUUGCUCGGCGUGGACUUCUGGACCAUGCUUGGGUGUCAGCGAUGCAUGGGCGGUCUGGCGCGCUCGGCGUCGGCACGCCGGCCGCACUCUGCCUCCGCCGCGGUGACAGCGCUCCGCCACUCGCAGCACCCCAUCGCCGCCUCGCCUCUCCAAGGACACCGCCUCAGCCACACCUCCUCUAGCCCCUCCCUCCGGGCCGGCGGCGCCCGCACGGCGCCUGCUGCUGCCUCCCCCUCCGCCUCCGCCUCCGCCUCCUCUCCCCCUUCCCCUUCCCCCUCUUCCUCCCCCGCUUCCUCCCCCUCCGCCGAGCCGUACCCGUACCCGCACGUGCCGGUCAUGCUGCGCGAGGUGCUGUCCGCCUUCGCGCCCCUGCACGUGACCUCCUACCUGGACUGCACGCUGGGGGCGGGCGGGCACGCCAGCGAGAUGGUGGCGGCGCACCCCGAGCUGCUCACGGUGUACGGCAUCGACGUGGACCCCACCGCACACACCCUGGCUGAGCCGCGCAUCCGGGCGGCUGCAGCGGGGCGGGAGGGCUUCGGGCUGCGGCUGCUGCGGGGAAACUACAGGGACCUGCGGCCGCUGCUGGGCACGGUCAGCUCGCCGCCGCCGCAGCCCACAGCCAUCCUCAUGGACCUGGGCGUGUCGUCCAUGCAGAUUGACACUGCGGACCGCGGCUUCAGCUUCAUGCGCGAGGGGCCGCUGGACAUGCGCAUGGACCCCACAGCGCCGCUCAGCGCAGAGGAGGUUCUGAACACCUGGUCGGAGGCGGAGCUGGGUCGCAUACUGCGCGACUACGGCGAGGAGAAGCUGUGGAGGGUGGUGGCCAGGAGGUUGGUGCAGGCGCGGGAGGUGGAGCCGAUCCGCACCACCACGCAGCUGGUCAAGGCGGUGGGGCACACGCAGAUCGGCGGCAAGCUGGGGAAGGGUCCUAAGGGCGUGCACCCAGCCACACGCACGUUCCAGGCGCUGCGGAUCGCCGUCAACGACGAACUACGGCGACUAGAGCAGGCCCUCCCCGACGCCAUCGCGGCCCUGGCGCCCGGCGGCCGCCUGGCGGUCAUCUCCUUCCACUCGCUGGAGGACCGCCUGGUCAAACACGCCUUCGCGCGCGCCGCCGGCCGGCCAACUCCCGAGGACGAGCACCGCACGUACGGAGCGGACAAGUUCGCUUUUCUGGACGAGCUGGAGGCCAGCCGCGUCGCGGUUUUGGUGGGAAACCAAAAACCGGUUUUACCCAGUGAGGAGGAGACGGCGCGCAACCCCAGGGCGCGGAGCGCGAAGCUGCGGGUGCUGCAGAAGCUGGGCGGGAGCGGAGAUGGGGUGGAGAAGGGGAGCGGGGGCAGGAUGGAGAAGGGGAAGCGGAAGCUGCGGCGGGCGGAGGAGGGCAAGGAGAAGGUGGAUGGCGAGGGGGUAGGGGCAGGGGAAGGCGAGGUGGCGGUGGAGGUGGAGGCUGCUGGGCGGGGUGGCAAGGGCAAGGGCGGGCGCGGGCGGAGGGGGUAGUGUCGCGGUGCCGGGAAAUCACGUACGGUAGUCACGCGCUGCUGCUGGCCUGGAGUGUCUGCAUGGCGGCUGUGGGUCUGUGCGUGGCUGCGUUUGGGCCUUGCUGUGGGCUUUUGCCGGUGCGCGUGUCAAGACAAUUGCUUA